GAAGUGAAAUGUUGGAAUGUGUUUUUUUAGUGUAGCAUGUGCUGUAGUGGGGGAGGGUGAGAAUAGGAGGGGGAUCCUGAAAAGGUCAUUGAAUCUUUUCAAUGCCCAGCAUGCAUUUUCUUUAGCAUGCUAAUUCUUUAACGUCGUCAUUUCCUGGCAAUGGCAAGCUCCUUUUAAAUUUUAUUGCACUAUUAAUUAAUACUUAUGAAGAUGACUUCAGAUAGUUUCAAGGGGAAAAGAAGAGCAGGCACGUUAGGCCAGUUCUCCAGAAUCUAAAAUGGAAGCGAUCCUGGAUAGUGUGUAAAAUAGCUACACUAGCAGAAGCUGCUUCUUCAUUUUUGACAGCCCUUGCAAGAACAUCCUGGUUUUAAAAAUGUUAAUUUUGGAAACUGAGAAUAUUUAUUACCAUAUUAUUAAGUCUGCAUGUUUGGGCUAAGGAUGGUUGCAGAUAUUAACCAAUGUUGGGAUGAUUUGGUUCGUCUAAGCUUUGGGACCUAGUAAAGAAAUUGACAUGUUAGAAUAGCCCGUCUGUCAUAUUCAGAUCUUAGGCAUACCACCUGGAAUUGUGUGGAUUUAUAGUUCAACACAUUGAGGAAUGAGGGUUUUGCUUCCCUCCCUCCAAUCAACUGAUGCUCGGUCAUUGGUUCUUCACUGCCACUAGCAAUCUGUCAGCCCCACAGAUAGACCAGACCAGGAAAUCACCUCCACAGAAUGAAUGGCUGAAACUACUUUGAUUGGCUGUAAUAACAGAAUUUUGCAAGUGUGAUUUUGCUAUACCUCCUCCUUAUACUCCAGGGAAUCAGGGAGGCAUCUAUCUGAAUCUCUUCUGAAUAUUACCUUGUUUUUCAGGACGUAAAAAGUGUUUUGGCCCCUUUUGUCUAGGUAACAAUUCUUGCAUACUUCUGUCAAGGCCAUCUUCCUCACUUUCUACACAACCCUAGUUGCAAGCUUAAUAGUUGGGCAGUGGGGAAACAUGGAUAGGACUGGGUUUUCAUAUCUCCUGAAGGUUGUCUGUGCCUUACAACUGUGGAUACUAAAAGCGCCAUUGCAGAUUAUCUUACUGCUAAAAGUGGUACCUCCAGUCCUUAAAAUAUCUUUGAGAAAGGACCAGAAUAUGCAUAUGAUUAAAGGUAACGUUAAUUGAAUUGGAACUCUGCAAUAAUAAUCAGAGUGGAACAGAAAUUAAAACCCUCCCAUUUAACCAAACUAUUUAUCCUAUUUCUUGUUGUAAUUGUAAGCCUGAAAAAGGAGAUGUUACUUUCAUAUCUUACUGUAAUGCUUUACCCUGUUUGGUUUUUGUCAUUUUUGCCAUCUUUUAUUCUCUCUCUGUGUGUGCAGGUGUAUGUGUUUACUUGUGAGCCACCCAGCAUUGUUGGGCAUCAUUCAAAUUUAAUAAAUAAACAAACAAACAUUUGCCAAGGUCCAUCUAGGGUGUUAAGUGUUAUACUAUAGGAUAGGAACUUCUGCUUGCUGUGCUAACUAUUAUGGUGUCCAUCAUUAUGUUCUAUUAUUGCCCUGUAUUCUUUCUAGGCUUAGAAAAACCCCUGGGCUUCGUGAUUCUGUCAUCAGUUAAUUUUGUCCUAGUGCUAAUCUGUUGUCAUGUUGAAGUUAAAGUGCUCAGAGUCGGUCAGAGUUGUAGUACGAUGCCGACCAAUGAACAGCAAAGAGAAAGUGGCUUCCUAUGAACAAGUGGUUGAAGUAGAUGUGAAAUUGGGGCAGGUAUCUGUGAAGAACCCAAAGGGAACUUCUCAUGAGCUACCAAAGACUUUCACUUUUGAUGCUGUUUAUGACUGGAAUUCCAAACAGUUUGAACUGUAUGAUGAGACUUUCCGGCCUCUGGUGGACUCGGUACUCCAGGGGUUCAAUGGGACCAUUUUUGCUUAUGGGCAAACUGGGACAGGGAAAACGUACACAAUGGAAGGUGUGCGUGGAGACCCUGAGAAAAGAGGGGUCAUUCCCAAUUCAUUUGACCACAUCUUCACCCAUAUUUCUCGGUCUCAGAACCAGCAGUAUCUGGUGAGAGCAUCUUACUUGGAGAUCUACCAAGAAGAAAUCAGAGACUUACUAUCAAAGGACCAGUCCAAGAGGCUGGAAUUGAAGGAAAGGCCAGAUACAGGAGUCUAUGUAAAGGAUUUAUCAUCAUUUGUCACAAAAAGUGUCAAAGAAAUAGAACAUGUUAUGAAUGUAGGAAACCAGAAUCGUUCGGUCGGAGCUACCAAUAUGAAUGAACACAGUUCCCGUUCCCAUGCCAUUUUUGUGAUCACAAUUGAAUGCAGUGAGGUUGGGCUUGAUGGAGAGAACCACAUACGUGUUGGAAAGCUUAAUCUGGUGGACCUUGCAGGCAGUGAGCGUCAGUCUAAGACAGGAGCCCAGGGGGAGAGGUUGAAAGAAGCAACGAAGAUCAAUCUCUCUCUCUCCGCUUUGGGCAAUGUCAUAUCUGCCCUAGUGGAUGGCAAAAGCACUCACAUCCCCUAUCGGGACUCAAAGCUCACCCGGCUGCUUCAGGAUUCCUUGGGUGGCAAUGCCAAGACUGUGAUGGUAGCCAACAUUGGCCCCGCUUCAUAUAAUGUUGAGGAGACCUUGACCACUUUGCGCUAUGCCAACCGUGCCAAGAACAUCAAAAACAAGCCAAGAGUCAACGAAGAUCCCAAAGAUGCACUCCUACGGGAAUUCCAAGAAGAAAUUGCUCGACUCAAGGCACAGCUGGAGAAAAGGUCCAUUGGCAAGAGGAAGAAGAAGGAGAGGAGGAGAGAUGGUGGUAUUGGUGAGGAGGAGGAGGAGGAAGAGGAGGAGGAGGAGGAGGAGGAGGAGGGUGAAGAAGACGAAGGGGUUGACAAAGAUGACUACUGGAAAGAGCAGCAAGAGAAGCUGGAGAUAGAGAAGAAAGCCAUCCUGGAGGAUCACAGCUUGGUAGCAGAGGACAAGAUGAGGCUGCUGAAAGAGAAGGAGAAGAAGAUGGAAGAUUUGAAACGUGAGAAAGAAGCAGCUGAAAAGCUGGGUGCCAAAAUCAAGGCAAUGGAAAGCAAGCUUCUUGUUGGUGGGAAAAACAUUGUUGAUCACACAAAUGAGCAGCAGAAAAUCUUGGAACAGAAGCGGCAAGAGAUUGCUGAGCAGAAACGACGGGAACGAGAAAUCCAACAGCAGAUGGAAAGUCGGGAUGAGGAGACCCUGGAGCUGAAGGAGACCUAUAGCUCCUUACAGCAGGAGGUGGACAUAAAAACUAAAAAACUGAAAAAGCUUUUUUCUAAGCUGCAAGCUGUGAAGGCUGAAAUCCAUGACCUGCAGGAGGAGCACAUCAAAGAGAGACAAGAACUGGAGCAAACCCAGAACGAACUGACCCGGGAGCUCAAGCUGAAGCACUUGAUUAUUGAAAACUUCAUUCCCUUAGAAGAGAAGAACAAGAUCAUGAACAGAUCUUUCUUUGAUGAGGAGGAGGACCAGUGGAAACUUCACCCCAUCACCCGAUUGGAGAACCAACAGAUGAUGAAAAGGCCAGUGUCCGCAGUGGGAUACAAGAGGCCCUUGAGUCAGCAUGCUAGGAUGUCCAUGAUGGUCCGCCCAGAAGCUCGGUACAGGGCAGAAAACAUUGUCUUGCUUGAACUGGAUAUGCCCAGCCGGACCACACGGGAUUACGAGGGCCCUGCUAUCGCCCCCAAGGUCCAGGCAGCUUUAGAAGCAGCUUUGCAAGAUGAAGAUGAGAUCCAAGUGGACGCGUCCACUUUUGAGAGUACAUCGAGCAAGAAAUCAAAAUCCCGGCCUAAAACUGGAAGGAAGCCCGGCGGUUCUCCCUCCAGUGCCUCUGGUUCUCAGCUCUAUCCCCAGUCGCGUGGGCUGGUCCCAAAGUAAAACCAGUUGCUCCUUGUCAGGGCAUGGCUAACAUUUUGCCAUAAAUGCAGAGGCAAGUAACAACCUGCAAGGGGGACUUAAAGUCCAAAAUAAUGCCUUUUGAGAAGAAACAACAGCCCCUUCUGCAGCUAAUUUGCAUCUGGUAGGACAGGUUUAUGAUGGAUGUCUCGCCUGCAUAAAGGAAUUAUUUGUUCCUUGGGCAGUGGGUCUAAGGUGAACAAGACUUUAGUUAGGAAAUCAGAAAUGCAUGAGUUACAUUAGUGUGUGUUAGAAGCCAAGAGAAGCAUGUGGGUCCCCUUGCCCCAUUGCCUUCUCUCUUCCUUUUAUGGUCGUUCUGUUGCAUUUGGCUCUUACUCUUGGAACCAAAGGUAAUCUUGGUGGAAUCACCUCAAUGACACCUAAAAAUAUAGUGAGGUUGAGAAGUGACAAGAGGAUUUUGCUAGCCGGGAUGACUUUUUCCCCCCCUUUCCAUUAAAAGACUGGCACCUUGGGGGGGAGGGGGGAGGGGGUGGACGAGCCUAUAAGCUGGGAAAGAGGUGAGAUUGAAAUGCACCGCAAAAGCUUUCUGUAGAAAUGCAGAUCAAAGGUGAGCUUCCAAAGCCUGCUCUCCUUUUUUCUGCAGUAGAAGCAAUAGGAAGUUCAUCAAUCCUUUGGCCUGUUUACAAGGAUGAAUAAAAAAUAGUUCCAGGCGGAUCAUUUCCUGGAGAUCUCAGCCAUGAAUGACCAGCAGGGGCUACCUGGUCUAACAGUAAUCCUUACAUCGGUGUCCAGCUCCAAGCUGUCAUCUUCCCCUGCUCACCAUCUCAUUCUAGUUACACUACAGCCUGGGAGCAUUUUGUGGCUGAUGCUUCCUUGUCUUCCACUGUCCACGUAGCUUACAUGACCUCUUGAAGGGUCUCCAGUUUCCCUCCCAGAAGAAAUGGAAUUUUUGGAGGGGUUGUGGUCUCCUAUCAAUUAUAGCGUUAGACAUUAGAUCUGAGCAAAGCUUGAGGGGGAAGGGACCCUGAAGGUGGGGCUCCCAACAGACGUCUUGGUUGAGAGACACCCUUAUGCCUCUCCCCCUUUGCUCCUAGUCAGUAAGGCAGGCUACCAAGCAGUGUGUGGGAAGUGAGAUGCUGCUGAACAGGGUGGGGUCAAAAGGCUGAAGAUUGUGCCCUCCCCAUAUUGUUUUAUAGUUCAGUUUGUAUAUUCAACAUUGUUGCAAAUUGCAAGUUCAGUUGUGUUUUUUUUUUUUUAUGUUGACGGUUGUACUGUGAAU